AGUUUUCCGACCGUUGAUUGGCUCGCGGUCUAGGAAAGGAGGUGGCUGAAAAUCGCCGCUUGUAUAUGUUUCCUCGGGAUAAAUAGCUGAUCAUUGGUCUGUACAAAGGUAUUCGUCAUGGCGAGGCAGUGGAGUCCAUGGAAAGGAGCAGAGCCCUGAGAGCCAGGGGACCUCAGGCUUCACCACACAUCCCAGAGGAGUUCCCAGGUUCCCAUGUGACCGAGAACAAGAUGAGGCUUCUGAAACGCUUGCCAGCACACAGGCGGUGGUUGGCACUGGCUGUGGUUUUAGGUUUGCUGUGUGUGGCGAUUCUGUCUCUGCCUCUGAGAGAGACGGAGACGAGCGUGCCUGUGGACUGGCAUGUCAACCAUGCGCAUAAAAAGCAAGUGCAUGAGCACGUGCACAGAGUCCUGGAGGGUCAGUGUCGGCCCAGCAGCACCAGGCACAGCUUGUUAGCUCGACUCCCCGCCUCAAGUCGCAUGACCCAGGCCUUUCUGUGGAAGGACCUGCCGCUCCCCGACGACAUCUUCCGGUACCCGCCUCCCUUUGGCUUCAGAGGGCUUCAGCACAAAGCAGAGGAGCUGCUGAAACUGCUGCCGGACUCUGAGUCUUUUCCCCUGCCGAAAAACACCUCAGAGAAAUGUCAGCGCUGUGUGGUCAUGGGAAAUGGAGGCAUUCUCAGAGGCCUGGAGCUGGGGAAACUCAUCGACCGCUUUGACACCAUUAUCAGGUUGAACAGCGGCCCUCUGGGAGAGUUCAGUAUUGACGUGGGGAAUCGGACCAGCAUCAGGAUGAGUUACCCAGAAGGCACCCCGCUUCACUGGAUAGACACAGACCCACACACUCUGUUUGUAGCGGUGGUGUAUAAAGGUGUGGACGUCAGCUGGAUCUCUGCCAUGAUCAGCAAGCUCUCCGUGUCUCUGUGGGACUGGCUCUUCUUCUGGCAGAAGGUUCCGGAUCAUAUCCCUCUGGAGCGGCACAGAUUCAGACUCCUGAACCCUCUCGUCAUCAGGGAGACGGCUCUGGACCUCCUGAAGUACCCUCCACCCAAACCCCGCCUCUGGGUAAAGGACCAGAAUGUGCCCACCAUGGGGGUAUCUGCACUGAACUUGGCCAGCCUGCUGUGUGACGAGGUGAGCCUGGCAGGCUUCGGCUACAACCUCUCCCAGCAGGGGGUGCCGCUGCACUACUUCGACCAGCUGCCCAUGAGCGCCAUGCUACGGCAGACCACUCACAACGUGGACUGGGAGACCCAGCUCCUCCAGAAGCUCGUCAGGGAGGGGGCCGUCACCGACCUGACUGGGGGGGUACACUGCUCCUUCUGCCCCAGCUGAACACUUUUCACCUAGAAACGUGUGAGAAGCCAGGAAGAAAAUAAUAUUUAGGUGAGAAAAACUUGAAAGAUGGGAAUAAAUCUAGUCUUAUAUGUGAA